AUGCGGAAGGACCUGCUUAACAUCAAAGGCCUCUCUGACCAGAAGGUUGACAAGAUCAUUGAGGCGGCACGCAAGUCAAGUGAGGCUGGCUUUGUGACUUGCAAGCAGCUCCUCCAUAAGAUGAAAAAUCGCUUCCAGAUCUCUACCGGAGCAGCAAAGCUUGACCAAAUGUUGGGGGGUGGAAUGGAAAGCUGCUCCAUCACAGAGCUUUUCGGGGAGUUCAGGUGCGGAAAGACACAAGUCUGUCAUUCACUCGCGGUGAUGGCCCAGCUGCCUCCAAACAUGGGCGGGGCAAACGGAAAGGUUGUGUACAUCGACACUGAAGGCACAUUUCGACCCGAACGGAUUCGUCAGAUUGCUGAAGGCAAGGGCGUUUCUGCUGAGAUCGCGAUGGACAACAUCGUGUAUGCAAGAUGUUAUACCUCGGACCACCUUGAAGGGUUGCUGCUGGAAGCGGCCAGCCUCAUGGUCAACGACGAAGACCGCUUUGCACUCCUGAUCGUGGAUUCGAUUAUGGGCGGCUUUCGAGUGGACUACUCUGGCAGAGGUGAGCUGGCAGAUCGACAGCAAAAACUUGCUCGAGUGAUGAGCAAGCUGCAGAAGGUGAGCGAGGAGUUCAAUGUGGCCGUCGUUCUCACAAACCAAGUCAUGGCUGACCCAGGGGGCGGCUGCGCCUUCAUGCCAAGCCACCCAAAGCCUGUCGGCGGUCACAUCCUCGCGCACUUCUCCACCACCCGCAUCAUGCUGCGCAAGGGACGGGCUGAGCAGCGCAUUGCGAAGAUAUAUGAUUCUCCGUGCCUACCCGAGAGCGAGAGCGUGUUUGAGAUCUUUGCUGGGGGAGUCAGGAACAGUAGCAGCGACUGA